AAAAUCGUGGGUCGUCGGACUCGGACUAAAUGAUUUAUUUCAAUAUUGUAAAUAAACGAAAUAGAUAUUUGUUAAUAAGAGAUUUUAAAUAAAGUUUAAGCAUUCACGUUACUGGAGAAUAAUGCCAGCCGCGGCAGUACAUUCUAUACUACUCAAGAAAGAAAACGCUCACGAUGAUCCUAUAUAUUGCUGUGCUUGGACAAAAACCAACACCACAGGUGAUUCAAAAGCCCAACUGACAGAUUUCAUAGUUACCGGUGGGCUGGACAGUCUGGUGAAGGUAUGGAAGUUAGAGAACAACAAGUUGGAGCUGCUGCACUCAUUGCAGGGUCAUUCUAUGGCUGUGGUAUCUAUUGCCGUGAGCCCUGACGGCUAUACAUUAGCAACCACCUCAUUAGACUGUAGCAUGAUAAUCUGGGACAUGCUAGCGGGACAAUUGGUUCACAAGAUAGAAGCCGAUAUGACCUACGUGUGGAAAGUAACCUUGUCUCCGGAUGGUACUCAGAUAGUUGCCAGUAGUCACACUGGGAAGUUGGACGUGUUUAGCGUUGAGUUUGGGAAGUUAGACAGGGUUUUGGAUACUAGGGGAAAAUUCGCAACGUGUGUUGCCUGGAGUGCAGAUGGGAAAUAUAUAGCAAGUGGCUCUGUAGACGGCAUUGUCUGCAUAUUUGACGUAGCACAGGGGAAGAUCCUACACACCAUAGAAGCUCAUACUAAAAUGAUUAGAAGUAUAACCUUCUCGCCAAAGUGUAAAAGUGUUAUAUCUGCUUCUGAUGAUGGAAAUGUCAAGAUCUUCGAUGUUGCGAGUGCAGGUCAUCAGUACACUCUGCAACACAAGUGUGCCGCGCUGGCAGUGUGCGCGUCCCCCGACGGCGCUCGUGUGGCUUCGGCCGCGGCCGACGGCAGCGUGCGGGUCGCCGUAACGGACGGGCUGCAUGUACUGCACACGUUCACAGAACAUACUGACUCGGUAUGCGGUGUGCAGUUCAAUGCGGAAGGCACCAAACUUCUAUCAGUGUCCAAAGAUAAGAGUAUCAAUAUUUACGAGUGUCCAGUAGUCACUACACCUAAGAAUCCUCCUAAAUCCGGAACGCUAAUAAAGUAAUAGGGUAGUUUCCAAGUAGUCAAAUCAGUUACUUUUUACUAAACGUCAAAACACGAAAUGACUAUGAAAUUAAGAAAAAGCAACCUGUGACGUCAUAGAAAAACGUGUCAAAAUGACGCACUUAUUAUUACAUUUUUCUUUAUUAACAUUCAUAAAUAAGUUAAAUAGAAUAAAGAAAACGUUUUUUUGUCAGUUUUAGGUCUUUAUUUAGUAAUCAGAAUUUCAUAAUUUAUCUUUGACUUAAGAAACUACCCUAUUCUUGUGUUUAUAUUUUGGUUCCCUUCACCCUUUGAAAAGUGUAUCUCUAAAAUCUGGAUCUCCUUGUCUUGUUGAAAAUGUACAUAUAAUGUAAAAAAAUAAUACAUUUCUUAAUUUUUGA